AUGCCCGAACCACAGACAUUCGUCUAUUCGACGGUCAACGAGUGUGAAAUCCACCUCGACCUCUACCUCCCCGCCGCCGCGCCCGCGUCGCAAGAGGCGCCUCUAGCUCUUCCCGUUGUACUGUUUUUCCACGGCGGGGGCGUGUUCCGUGGAAGCCGCAAAUCCGUGCUUCCAGAACUCAAGGACGCAGCACUAUUUAAAAACUGGGCCUUCAUAUCCGCCGACUACCGCCUCCUCCUCCCCUCCACGGGCUUCGACAUCCUCACCGACAUCGCCGCCCUCUUCACCUUCCUCGCCACCCUCCCCGCCAUCGACACGGCGCGCAUCAUGGUCGCCGGCCACAGCGGCGGCGCAUAUGUUGCCCGCCAGGCUGCAAUCCACGGGACCCCCCGGCCGCGGGGGUUCUUUUCCGUGUCGGGACAGGGCGGACACCUGCUGAGCCCGGCGUACUUCACGCCCAAGCCGUAUCUGCAGAAGAAGCUGCUGGGGACUUAUAGGAAGUACUCGACGCGCAGCAGCGCGGAGUUUUUGGGAUUGAAGGAGUGUAGUGAGUUUGCGUGGGAGUGGCGGGAGAGGAGGGGGAAGAGGAAGGCAGGGGAGGUGCCGGUGGUGGGUGGGAGGGCGUGGUUGGCGGGGAUGGCGGCGGUGAUGGGGACGAGGUUGGACUUUUUGACGGGGAGGGAGGGGUUUUCGGGGGUGUUGAGGGAGGCGGGUGGUGGGGGUGGUGGGGUGGAUCUGGAGGCACUGGUGCCAAUGGCGAUGAGGGUGUUGUUUCCGGAGUUGAUGAUGGGGGGGGAGUUUCCGCCGAGUUUUGUGCUCCAUGGGACGGGGGAUAAGAAUGUGGGGAUUGGAGAGUCGGAGAAGACGGUGAAGGAGUUGGAGAGAAUGGGGGUCGAGUGUGUGUUUGUGGCGGCGGAAAAUUGGGGGCAUGGGUGGAGUGAGGAGGUAUGGAACAGGUGGGGGAAGGAUGUAGUGCCAUUUUUUGAAAGAUGUAUUUCGGACAAGACAGAAGCUUAA